CGGUCCGGGCUCCCGGUACACGCGUUUCCAACUUCGGUUGGUGUGUGUCGAAGAAUCCUGACCAACCCCGGACCCGAGGAGAGCAGCCGACGGAGACGGUCCACCGAGCCGCGCCGAGGUCCACUGCGCGGGCUGCGGUCCGGAGCUCUCUCCGGACCGCGGUCACCCAGUGGACCCGUCCCCUGGCCGGGUCCGAGACCCCCGUCGCCGUUCCUGCCUUCGCAGAGGAGUCCUCGCGUGGUGAGUAUGCGGAACAGGCGUGUUUUGAAAACCAAGAAAAGACGCCGACCACGAGGGGCCCAGAAUCCUGGGCUUCCUCCCCAGAGGAGUGAGGCGACCCCUGGGAGGUCCCCUCCCACCACCACCAUGGCGGCUGCCGGUGGUGGUGACUGCCCGCCCCCUCCUCCACCACCUCCUCCCAACAACAACAACAACAACAACAAGCCCCAGAGCUCCAACGAUGACGAAGAUCAGCGCAGAUAUGAGGAUUUUGCUGACAACUACCUGGCUCUGCUGGGCCAGCAGCCAGAGCUGAACAACAACCUACAGGAGCAGAUGCAGUUAUUCUCAGAGGAGAACAGCUUUCUCCGGUUCCCAGUCGAAGAUGAAGUUGAACCAGAACCAAUACCUGAACACAUCCAUAUCCCUAUGCCUCUGGACAGUGACGAAGACGACCUUGAGCUCCAAGGUGCCGCAGCAGCCGCUGCUCCAAUCAAUUUCCAGGAUGACGGUUCUGAAGACCUUCCGGAGAAGUUUGACGGCAACCCCGACAUGCUGGGUCCUUUCAUAUCCCAGUGCCAGAUCUUCAUGGAUAGGAGCACCAGAGAUUUCUCAGCUGAUAGAAUCCGCGUGUGCUUCGUGACAAGCAUGCUGACCGGCCGCGCCGCCCGCUGGGCUUCUGCCAAGCUGGAACGAUCCAGUUACCUGAUGCACAACUACCCUGCCUUUAUGAUGGAGAUGAAGCACGUCUUUGAAGACCCUCAGAGACGCGAAGCUGCCAAACGCAAGAUCAGACGUCUGCGCCAGGGCAUGGGAUCUGUCGUGGACUACUCCAACGCAUUCCAGAUGAUCGCCCAGGACCUGGAUUGGAACGAACCUGCUCUGAUUGAUCAGUUCUAUGAAGGCCUCAACGACCAAAUUCAGGAGGAGCUGGCUCGCCAGGAGACUCCCAAGACCCUGGAUGCUAUGAUCAGCCUGUGCAUUCAAAUCGAGAGAAGGCUGGCACGUGCUGCUGCUGCUGCUGCUGCUGCUGCUGCUGCUGCUGCUGCUGCUACUACUACUACUGCUGCUACUGCUGCUACUGCUGCUACUGCUGCUGCUGCUGCUGCUGCUGCUGCUGAAGACAAUCCUCCCUCUGAAUCCACACCGAGGGCCCCGGAGACGCCUCAGAACAGCCAGGUUGAUCCCACCGAGCCUGUGGGCGGUGCUCGCAUGCGCCUGACCCAGGAAGAGAAAGAAAGACGCCGCAAACUGAACUUGUGUCUUUACUGCGGCAACGGAGGCCAUUACGCCGACACCUGUCCAGCGAAGGCCUCCAAAAAUUCGCCCGGGAAACUCCCCGGCCCCGCUGUAGAGGGACCUUCAGCGACCGGGCCGGAACGAAUAAGGUCCCCCCCCACCGAGGCUACGACUCCGCACCUGCAAGUGAUGCUCCAGAUUCAUAUCCCGGGCAGACACACCCUGUUUGUCCGGGCAAUGAUUGACUCUGGAGCAUCCGGCAACUUCAUUGAUCAAGAGUAUGUCAUCCAAAAUAGAAUUCCUCUAAGGGUUAAAGAAUGGCCAAUCAUGGUGGAAGCUAUAGAUGGGCAUCCCAUAGCCUCGGGCCCAAUCAUUCUAGAGACUUACCACCUGAUUGUCGACCUUGGAGAUCAUCGUGAAGUGCUGUCUUUUGAUGUAACUCAGUCUCCGUUCUUCCCCAUCGUCCUUGGAGUGCGCUGGCUGAGUACCCAUGAUCCCCACAUCACCUGGAGCACCCGCUCUAUUGUCUUCAACUCUGAUUACUGCCGCUUUCGCUGCCGGGUGUUUUCCCAGAUACCUCCUCCCCUUCUGUUACCAGCACUACCACAGCUGCAUCCACACCUGCAUCCUCACCUGCAUCCACAUCUGCACCCACAUCUGCAUCCGCAUAUGCACCCGCAUAUGCACCCGCAUAUGCACCCGCAUAUGCACCCUCAUCUGCACCCUCAUCUGCACCCACAUCUGCACCCUCAUCUGCACCCACACCUGCACCCUCAUCUGCAUCCGCACCUGCACCCUCAUCUGCAGGAGCAGCUGCAUCAUCUGUAUGAGCAUCUACAUGAGCAUCUACAUCAGCAUAUGCACCAGCAUAUGCAUGAGCACGUGCACGAGCACGAGCAGGAGCAAGAGCAAGAGCAAGAAGAGGAGCAAGAGCAAGAGGAGGAGCAAGAGCAAGAGCAAGAGGAGGAGCAAGAGCAGGAGCAUCUGGAUCCACAUCUUCAUCCGCACAUGUACCCGCACAUGCACCCGCACAUGCACCCGCACAUGCACCCGCACAUGCACCCGCAUAUGCACCCUCCGCAUAUGCAUCCCCAUCACGGUCUGCAUCGGGAUCCACAUCAGGAUCCACAUCAGGAUCCAAACCAGGAUCCCCAUCAGGAUCCUCAUCAGGAUCCUCAUGUUCAUGUGCACCCCCACGUGCACCCCCAUGUGCACCCGCAUCUGGAUCCACACCUGCAUCACUAUCUGCAUCACCAUCUGGAUCCACAUCUGCACCAGCAUCUGGAUCCACAUCUGCACCAGCAUCCUCAUCAGCAUCCGCAUCCACCAUUCUUCUACCACACGGAUGGAUACCGAGUUUUCUACCCUGUGAGGUAUUGCUAUGUCCAGAAUGUGUACACGCCCGUGGAUGAGCACGUCUACCCAGGUCACCGGCUGGUCGACCCUCACAUAGAGAUGAUCCCCGGAGCGCACAGCAUUCCCAGUGGACACCUGUACUCACUGUCGGAAACUGAGAUGGCUGCCCUGCGAAAUUUCGUGGAGAGGAGCGUGAAAGAUGGGCUCAUGACUCCCACCGUCGCCCCCAACGGAGCCCAAGUUCUGCAAGUGAAAAGAGGGUGGAAACUCCAGGUCACGUGCAACACCCGAGCCCCACAGAGCCGCACCAUCCAAAAUCAGUAUCUUCGCCUGUCUCUUCCAAACAUGGGCGACCAAGCACACCUGGCCACCUAUGCUGAAUUAGUUCCUCAAGUUCCUGCAUUCCACCCAUUGCCUGUCUAUGCCACCUAUGCGGGCCAUCCAGUGAUGUUCGCAUGGUACCCAGUGGCACAAGAUAUACACGGAAGACUGAUCGUCGUACCUGUUGUGGUCACCUGGUGUCCAAAUUGGUACCGCCAGCCUCCGGUACCCCAGUAUCCUCCUCCGCCACCACCGCCGCCGCCACCUCCACCACCACCUCCACCACCUCCAUCCUACAGUACCUUGUAAAUAAUCUGCUGUGUCCUUCAGAAUCUCCGCCCUCAACUUUAGCCUGUGCAGCUUCUCAAUCAACUGUGUGCUUGCUACUGAACUUCAAGCCACCUAAGGCCCCAAAGCACACAGGGCAAAAGUCAGUUUUCCAUCUUGACUGCCAAUCAGUAAGUGGACAAGGCCUGGGUUUUACCUGUUAAAACCUCUCAGUCACAGGCUGCCACAUUUCUUUACAGAGAAGCUGAUACAAGCACAGGCCAUGCUGAUUUCUUACAGAGGGGGAGAAGAGGAGGAGGACACACCCACCUGCCCGUAUCCUGGACGGGCACCUUAUGAAGGAAGCCACGCUUUUUGGUGCAGUAUGGAAAGGCUUCCGUGAUCCUCUUGCUGCACCCUAUGAAACUUUGAAACUUCACCAUCUUCGAACUCCAUUGUCAUGCUGCAGAGUUUGUCACCUUCCUGCCUGAUUGCUGAGACUCCAUUUUGCUGCCAUGCAAGGAGAUAACAGAGGCAGGCCUAACGGAGAAUGUAUUUCAAUACAGUCUCCAAUUGCCAAACACAGAUUGAGCAGUAGGAUACAACAUGGUUUUUAUUUCAGUUUGCUUGUCAUGAAGAGGAGUCUUAAUGGUGAAGUUUCCUUUUCCAUCAACAUCAUCUCUCCCUUACCCUUGCAUGUUUAAAUAGUUUAGUUUAGUGGGUUGUUGUUUUUUUAAAGUGUUGGCUAUGCUUUCAGAAUUUUCAUUGAAUUACAAAGUAAUGCCCAAUUCUUCUAAUUCAGUACUGUAAUUUGGAAUCAUCAAUUUUAAAUUCUAUCAAUCAGGCCUUUAAAAGUCACCAAAAAGGAGAUACAAAUUAAAAGAAGAAACCCAAUUAGUUAUUGAUUCUUGCUCAAUGGAAUGAGAAAGCUUGUCAAUCAUCCUUUAUUUUACAGUAAUUACUUUUAAAUGGUGCAUUUGUGCUUCUUAUUUUUGUGAAGCGUCACUUCAGUUUACCUCAACUCUCAAUUCCAUCCUUCAUACAUUUUAAAUUCAUUUGAUCUUCAAGCUGCAGAGUGCCUAGAAAUGGGUCAUCAUCUGCAGCCCUGGCAUAGACACAGGGACAUUUGCCGCCACUGCAAGCAAAGAUCUGGAGAAGUUGACCACCUCAGUCAGGGAGAACAAGCUGGUGUGAGUUUACAGCUCACAGACAACAUCCCUGACACACAUUGGAUUGUAUUUUGAAGCUUGCCAUUGACUUUCCGGCACUGUGUACUAUGCUCUAUUCUUAUAUAUACUUAAAUCUUAGGCUAAGGAUAGGUUAGGUUAAGUUAGGUUAAGGAUAAGUACUCUUACAUUUACUUUAUAGUACUGAAAUUUUGUUAAGUUUCCUUUUUAUCAAUUUAUUUUGCUUCUGUUGAUCAAAUUUACAGUAAUUGUUUCUAUUUUUCUUUUAUUUUGGCAUUUCCAACAAAAAUGUCUUUAUUCAUUUAUUAGGAAGGAAAAAUAAGUCAGAAAGGGAGGAGAAGACAAACUAGCAAAAUUAACUAAUUGGCUGUAGGCCCAAAUUUUCAUUGCUUAUUAAUUAAAGAUGAAGGGGAUGUGAGAGUUCCUAUUGCUGGUCAUGAAGGUCACCAUGAAGAGUCAGUUUAGUUUAAACCAGGAGGUGUUUGGCUGAGAUUGUAAUUUGAGAUGGGCAUCUGUGUGGUGCACUCCAGGAUUGUGUUUAAGUUCACAGGUACCUCUUGGACUCCUGAAUUGAUCUCGUUGUCACACAUCACUGACAUCCGCAUCCCACACCGUUUCAAGAUUGGCAACAGAGAGCACCGUGUUGGAGAGGCCUGAGCAGUCAUGAAGGACCACCUGCGGAAGAGAAGAGUCUGCAGGAAUCAUACUACAUAUUCAGCUGGAGAGGGAACACGCAUCUGAUUGGAAUGGAAUUUGUUGAUUGUUUCAGAUUGUAGAACAUUGUUGAGUUGUUUUAAACAUUGCAUUGUUUUUCUUUUUCUUUAUUCUAUAGUCAAUUAAGUAAUAGGGGGUAGAUAUUUUAGGCUGGGAGGGACUAUUAAGUAAUCUUAGGUGGGUGGGUAAUUUAGGAAGUUAAGAUAAGUUAGGAUAAGUUAGGUUAAGUUAGGAUAAGUUAGGUUAAGUUAGGAUAAGUUAGGUUAAGUUAGGAUAAGUUAGGUUAAGUUAGGAUAAGUUAGGAUAAGUUAGAUAAGACAUCUCAAUAAGUGGACACGUGUACUUAUUUGUCCCUCUUAACCCUACAAACUGUACCUUUGACAUUCAACUCAGAGGAAACUGCAGGAAAAUCAACAUUUUAUGAGUGAAUUGGACAUGGAUAAAAUUUGAGUGAAAGUUCAAAGAUGAUUAGUUUAAUCUAAUAAAGGCCCUAGUAAUUAACUCCAGGGAUAGAUUGUGAGUAAAAUCUUGAGAGAAUUAGCAGAUGAUAGGCAUCAUUUGAGAAACUGUUGCUGGAAUAAAGCUUAUAAUGUCAAAUGAUAAAUGUUAAUGGAAAUUAUAAGAAAAUGAUGAAUAAGAAUACUUGCUCUUUCCCUGUCAGUAAUCCUCCUCCCCCUCCCCUCCCUACCCCAUCCUUUCUUUCCUCCCCCCCUCCAAACCCGCCCUUCAAACAAUAUUACUGUAUUCUCUUUACUAUAUUUCAAUGUAUUACUAAUGCUGUAUUGAUGUUACAAUAAAAAUUCAAUAAAAAGACUUAGUGGUUAAGGCAAA